AACGGGCAUUGCUGACAUCAGCAUGCAUAAGCUCAGGUACAUUUUCCCUCAUUUGUCCAUGCACAAGAUGACGCACCUGAACUACAGUCAUGGCUUUGUUUUAUCACUGCGUUGUUACCCGCUUCUUCAACUCUCCACCCUUAACCUCUCCCCUCUCUCUACUUCCCCUAUCCCUUCACCAUGUCCCUCACUUUAAAACUCUCUUCACUUGCAAUUCGAACGCUGUCAAAACCGAUCGCUACUCAUAUCAAAGCUCAAGCUCGCGAACAUGAACGGUUCCGAAAACUCUGCAUUUCUAUGGCGCAAGCGCUUCACCGAUUCGAUAUGCGUCUUCGUCUAGGCGCUGUUCGUGAUAACGCUGCCGCUGAACGACGAGCGGCUGCCGAAGCCGCUGUUAGGAAGCAUAAGCCCACAUCCCCCACAGUCAAGACGGAGGCAGAUGCGAAAGCAGAAGAAGACGCUGUCGCGAAGGCCAAAGCGGCCGCCGAAGAAGCAGCGAAACCAGCCCCUAAGCCCCAUAUCCGGCCACUCUCUGAAUCGAAGGCGAUCGAGUCUGGCGCGACAUUCAUCAGCGAGACAUUCUUAUUUAUGGUGGCGGGUGGGUUGAUUGUCUUUGAAUCGUGGAGGUCUCGACGAAAAGAAAACACCCGAAGAGAGGACGUCGAGGCUCGAUUGGUCGAGCUGGAAAAGUCUGAAAAGGCCACCCGAGAAGCUCUUCUAGCGGUGGAGAAAGAACUCCUCGCACAAAAGGCAAAGCAUAGUGGGCUGUCGAAGUCAUCACCUAGAAUUCUUCCUCGCGAGGUUUGGGACGUCGAGAAAGAGGAGGCACAACCGACCGAAGAGCAGAGCUGGUGGACACAAAUCACGUCCUACCUGUCCUUUGGACUAACUCCAGAGCAACAAGCAGAAUCCGUCAUCAGGGAAAGUACAAAAACGACCCCCAAAGCGCCUUUAACGGUUGGUGCGAUGGUACCACCCCAGAGUCCAGCAAGCCACGACCAAGGUUUAGAGUCGAAAAAAGCUUAACAGGUAUUGCACCCAUGAUUAGACAAUUUUGGCAUUUCUUUCAAGCAAAUACUACUAUAGAGCUCAUUGUUGAGUGCGGGUGUUGGUGUUUUGUAUUUUAAUAUUUGGGAUGUGACAUUUAGAUACCCUUCUCUGUUACAAGGGAGAAGCAGAUGACCUUAAUCUCCUCUCUUACUUUUGACUUAUAAUUCGCGAUCCACAGUGUACAUUAACUUAGCCCUACUAUUUACCCCAAUAAUACAACACUAUGCAACGA